UUUUUAACUCGCUCCACAAAUUUUAACGGACGAAAGCUAGAACAAAAUGGGUGCGUACAAGUAUCUGCAGGAGAUCUCCAAGAAGAAGCAGUCGGACGUUAUGCGUUUCCUGCUCCGCGUUCGCUGCUGGGAGUACAGACAGCUGAACACCAUCCACCGCGCCUCGCGCCCGUCGCGCCCCGAGAAGGCUCGCCGUCUGGGUUACAAGGCCAAGCAGGGCUUUGUCAUCUACCGUGUCCGUGUCCGCCGCGGUAACCGCAAGCGCCCCAACCCCAAGGGUCAGGUCUACGGUAAGCCCGUCCACCAGGGUAUCAGCGAGCUCAAGCUGCAGAAGUCGAAGCGCGCUGUUGCCGAGCAGCGUGUUGGCAAGCACUGCGCUGGCCUCCGCGUCCUGAACUCGUACUGGGUUAACCAGGACUCGACCUUCAAGUACUUCGAGGUCAUCCUUGUCGACCCGGCCCACAAGACCAUCCGCAACGACCCGCGCAUCAACUGGAUCGCCAAGGCUGUCCAGAAGCGCCGCGACGCUCGUGGUCUCACCGCCGCUGGCCGCAAGAACCGCGGUAUCGGCAAGGGCCACCGCUACAACAACACCAGCGGUGGUGGUCGCCACCACACCUGGCGCCGCAACAACACCCUCCGUCUCCGCCGCUACCGUUAA